AUGGCUGCUGCAAGGUGGUCAAAGUGCAUUGGUGUAGAGGAACAUUCUGUGAAGAACGUUGCUCGUGACAAAGAAACGUUGCAGUCAACACUUUCCAUGCGAAGCUCUGACAUAAUAGUAGAUGGAGAUAGAGAUCAGAAUCUAGAAAAAGGUUCUUGUAUCAACAUUGAAAAGAAAGGAGAAUCCUGGUUACAAGUGGAUCUUGGAGAUAUGUACACUGUCUUUAACAUCAGAGUAUUUCUUGCUGAUCCAGGAGACAAUUUGGAAGACUGUUUUGAACAACCAUGGACAUAUCGCGGCAAUGCAAACACAACAGAAAGCGGAUUUCCCUGUCAGCCGUGGAACAUUACACAUGAUAUAUUUCAUUACAUGCCUCCAGAUUCGUUUGGAUUUCGAGUUGGGGAAAAUUACUGUCGUAGUGCGAAUCUGGAUUACCGGUAUUAUUUUUGGUGUAGGACACAUAUUGCUCAUUUGAAACGGUGUGACAUACAGUUAAGAAACCAAAAAUUAUGGUGUUAUACCACCAAUCCCGAAUUAGAGUGGGAGUACUGUGCCGUGAAAAAAUGUGUAAAAGCUUCAACAAGUAACGUCAUUCUGAAAAUCGGAACCACAGAGAGCAAUAUUGAAACGCCCGAGUUCAUGGACAAUUCUGGUUUGUCAGAGAACAUACUUGAAUUUGUGCUACAUAAUAACCCUCAAGCAAGAUACGUAGAAAUUCAUCAAGAUUACACAACAGACUAUUUCCCUCUUUGUGAAGUAGAAGUAUAUGGAAUAUCAAAUGAUACAAUCAAUGCUGCACUUCAUAAGCCAGCUGAGCUAUCUUCUGUCUAUGGAGAUUUUGGACCUCAUCUUGCUGUGGAUGGUAUUCGCACCAAAAGUUCUUAUUUUGCUACAGAAAAAGAAUUGAAUCCUUGGUGGCGUGUUGACCUUUCUGGCAUUUAUGUGGUUUUCCUGAUUAGACUAUUCAAUCGCCUAGACUGUUGCAUUAGACUUGCCAGGAGAGAGGCACUUGGUUUCCGUAAAUUGCCUAAUUGUGGUGGUCAUUUGAGAAGAUUCCAGGGGUAUAUGACCGUUAGAGCGUACAAGGAAAGGAGAAUCCUGGUUACAAGUGGAUCUUGGAUCAUGGACAAAACCGGACAGUACCAUUCUCCAGAUGAUGAUACUGUUUGCAACUCUCUGAAGAACGUUGCUCGUAACAAAGAAACUUUUCAGUCAUCAACUCUUACCACACACAGUUGUAGCAUAAUAGUUGACGGAGAUAGAGAUCAGAAUCUAGAAAAUGGUUCCUGUAUCAACAUUGAAAAGAAAGGAGAAUCCAGGUGGAUCUUAGAGAUAUGUACACUAUCUUUAACAUCAGAGUAUUUCUUGCUGACCAAAUUAUUGUGA